AUCGGCUUAAGGCAGCGGCGCGGCGGGUGCGGGCUGAGGGAGCUGGAAAAGGGGCGGGGGGGACACCCCGGAGCCGGGCUGAGGCCCCCCCCCCAGCUGCCAUGCCCGCCUGCCCCCCCACGGGCAGGGGGCUGGGGGGCUGGUGAGCCCCCUUCACCCACCCAUGGGGCUGCCCCCCCCGCGGGCAUCAUGCGGACGAUGAACCCCCUGCCCCUCUGCUUGCUGCUCUGGGAUCUCCUUGACCUGGCACUCGCCUACCUGACGGUCAGCAUCGAGCCGCUGCCGCCCGUGGUGGUGGGGGACGCCGUGACCCUGAAAUGCAACUUCAAGACGGAUGGGAAGAUGAGGGAGAUCGUCUGGUACAGGGUGACUGAUGGGGGCACCAUCAAGCAGAAGAUCUUCACCUUUGAUGCUAUGUUCUCCACCAACUUCUCCCACAUGGAGAACUAUCGGAAGAGGGAGGAUCUGGUCUACCAGUCCACUGUGCGCCUGCCCGAGGUCCGGAUCUCGGACAACGGUCCCUACGAGUGCCACGUGGGCAUCUACGACCGAGCCACCAGGGAGAAGGUGGUGCUGGCCUCGGGCAAUGUGUUCCUCAACGUGAUGGCUCCUCCAACGUCCAUCUCAGUGCUUGCUGCUGACACCCCAGCACCCUUCAGCCGCUACCAGGCACAGAACUUCACCCUGGUGUGUGUGGUCUCUGGUGGCAAGCCUGCCCCGCUGGUGUACUUCAAGCGGGACGGGGAACCCAUCGAGGCCACCCCGCUGCCGGAGCCGCCGGCCGGCGCCGGGAGCUGGGAGCCUCGCAACCUCCUUCACCGCGACGUGGACGACACCAAGGUGCCCAAAUCCUUGGCGGCCGAAGGGGAGGCCGGCGGCUGGCGGCCCUCGGCCACCUCGGAGCCGCCCAGGGGGCUGGCGGCCGAGAGAGGGCCGGCGACGGAGGUCAUCCCCGAGACGGUGGUGAGCCGCGAGUUCCCGCGCUGGGUGCACGUGGCGGAGCCCAUCUACUACUUCCGGCACACGCAGGCGCCGGUGAGCGACGGCACGGUGGAGGCUCGAGCCACCCUCACCUGGACCCUCAACCCCCAGAUCGACAACGAGGCCCUCUUCAGCUGCGAGGUCAAGCACCCGGCGCUCUCCAUGCCCAUGCAGGCCGAGGUGACGCUCGUUGCUCCCAAGGGCCCGAAGAUCACAAUGACCCCAACGAGAGCCCGAGUCGGAGACACCGUGAGGAUCUUGGUGCAGGGCUUCCAGAACGAAGUCUUCCCUGAGCCUCUCUUCACCUGGACACGGGUGGGGAGCCGGCUGCUGGACGGCAGCGCGGAGCACGACGGCAAGGAGCUGGUGCUGGAGCGAGUGCCGGCCGAGCUCAACGGCUCCAUGUACCGCUGCACCGCCCAGAACCCCCUGGGCUCCACCGACACCCACACUCGCCUCAUCGUUUUCGAAAACCCAAAUAUUCCCAGAGGAACAGAGGACUCCAAUGGUUCACUGCUCAGCCACUGCAGCUUCAGACUAGUUUUGGCGCUUACCCUAACAGUGAUCCUGGAGCUAACGUGAAGCUUCACCUUCACCUGCCUCUUCCUCCUCCUCCUCCUCUUCCUCCAUACAGCUCCAGCCAGCAUUUACACCUCUGUCAAGUCGGUUCUCUUGCUCUCUUUAUUUUGAUUCUGGGUUGGUUUGGGGUGGUUGGUUUUCUUUUCUAUACUGUUUCCAAGUCUUGGUCUCUCUCUGUCUGUGUCUUGGCUUCCUCAGACAAUUUAAUUAAAAGGAAACAAAAAGAC